AUGCCCAAUAUAUUCAGGUUAGCAGGAGAUGCGUCACACUUGGCGAGUAUCAUAAUAUUGAUCAAUACAGUGACACGGACUAACUCGAUUGAUGGAAUUUCGCUGAAGACCUUGGUGUUAUAUUCAAUUGUCUUUAUAACACGUUACAUUGACCUUUUUUACAAAUUCCAUUCCCUGUACAAUACUUUGAUGAAGAUUGUGUUUAUUGCAACAUCUAUAUAUGUGGUUUUCAUUAUCAAGCAAAGCAAAAGAACAAAUCCAAUUGCAUACCAAAAUAUGAUUAUGCGGGACUCAUUCAAGAUCCGUUUCAUCCUGCUCUUUAGUGCAGUUAUGGCUCUUUGUUUCCAUCGCAAGUUUACCGUGCAAGAGUUGCUAUGGUCAUUUUCUGUAUGGUUAGAGAGUGUUGCCAUUUUACCACAGCUCUUUAUGUUGACCAAGGCAGGUCGGGCAGAUACGUUGACUACUCAUUAUAUUUUUGCCCUUGGCUUAUAUCGUACAAUGUAUAUUCCAAACUGGAUAUGGAGAUAUUAUGCUGAAAAGCGCUAUGACAGAUUGUCGAUCGUAACUGGGGUGAUACAGACAUUGAUAUACUCGGAUUUCUUCUACAUCUACUACAAAAAGGUACUCAGGGAGGGUACAGGGUUUACAUUGCCUGUUUAG